AUCGAAAGUACCACGGUAAUGAUGAUUUUCUUCACAUAAAAGUUAUAUAGUGUGCCCAAAAGUAAGGCGAGUUAUUUUUUUCCAACCUACUUUAUUCUUCACCUUUUUUUCCGGUUGUCUGGCGGUCUGCUUUCCUCGCGUUUUUAGUUUUUCUUUCUUUUUAUAUGUAUUUUAUUUUAUCUUUACAUUUUGAGUAUCUCUUCCAAUUGCCAUUGGAUCUAGCGGCCACUAGGUGGCAGCAGUCGUGAAGUUUGAGCACCCUGGACAUGAACGAAAUGGAUGACGUCAUGCUGUCACGGGAGCUGCGCAGUGAUGGGGAUAAUGAUGAUGAUGAAGAGCAGGAUAGUUUUUCAGACCACAUAGAAGGGGUAUUAGGUGACAUACCGCCAUCAUUGCUCAGAUACUUUGAAACAUCAAAAAGCAGAGCGGCACUUUGUGAGAAGCUUAUCCUCCAGAAAGAUGAAGCGGACAUUAAUGAAGAUGUGAAGGGGAGUCGGGCUCGGUGUGAUAUGGACUUGUUGACACUGAACGAACAGAUUAUUUCUGAAAUGGAAGCUGAGGUGAAUACUUCUAGUGGCAUCAACUGUGCUUCUGCACCAAAUGAUACUGAAGCACUUCACUCUCACGAUGUUUCAGUGUGUCUCAACAUUGAAGGUGAAGCUGCAGGAGAAGGAUAUAAGGAGUGUAGGAAGAAUUUGGGGUUGGAAAUGUGCUCCUCUGAGAGUUCUCUGGAAGAGCAGAGAAAGAAAAGCGCUGAACACCAAAUGGACAGAGAAAAGCGUCUUCAUGAGGAGAUGAGAAACGAGGAGCAAAAGCGACUAAAAGAGAGAAACUUCCAGGAGGAGCUAAGGAAGAUAAUGGAGAAAGAUAAUCUUCAUCAGGCUGAACUUGAAAUGAUGACAAAGAGAGCUCAGGAAAAACUUGAAGUGGAGAAGUUGCACCAGCAGGAAGUGAUCAAAAGCUUACAGCAGAGAGUCGAGGAAGAAAGGAAGAUGAGAGAGGAGGAAGAGGAGAAAAGGAAAGAAGACAAAAGGAAGAAGAAGCAGGAAAAGGAAAGGAGGAAAAGGGAAGAGGAGAAAUUGAAGAAUGCCAAAACAAAAAAGAUGACUGGUGAAAUGAAGGGGAAUAAAGACGAAGAUGAAAAGAGCAAAAUAGAAAAAAUAAGAUUUCAUAAAGUGGAAGAUGAGGUAAAGAUAGACAAAGAAGAGGAAGAGAGGAAAAAAGAACAGGCGUUCAUUUUUACAGAGGAAAACAAGGAACAAGUGGAUGAGACGAUGAUGUCCAAAAAAGAAGAAAAUAGAGAAAUAGAAAAAGUAAGAUGCAAAGAAGAAAGGCAAAUGGGAACAAAGGACAAAAAUAGGGAGAGAAAAGAGACAAAGAGAAUAUACGAAAAAAUAAAUGUUAAGGGAGAAGACAGAAAAACAAAUGAUGCAAAAUCAGGAGAAGAACUGACAUGCAGAGAGAAUGGGGAAGAAGAUGAAAGGAAGAAAAAUAACAUCAAGAAAGACGAUGGCAUUAAAAAAAGAGAAGCGGAUGAGAACUCCGGAAAAAGGGAUGUAGAGAAAAAAAGUACAGAAUGGCCAAGAAAACAGUUAGAGGAAGAGAAAAAGAGAAAAAUACAGGAAGAAAUAUGGGUUCAGGAGCAAACAAGAAAAAAGGAAGAACACAAGAUGCAGGAGAUGGAUGAGGAGUGUAAAAGAAGGGAAGAUGAGAGAUUAAUCAAGCAGGAUGCUGAGCAAAAAAAACUUGAGGAUAUAUGGAAUGAGGAGGAGCGAAAAAAGAUUGAUAUGGGAAUACAGAACCGGCAUGAGGAGGAGGGAAACAUAGAAUCCAAGGGUGGGAGAGAAAAGGAGGAUUAUGAAACUACAGAAGAAGAGAAUGAACAGACAAAGGAAGAGAUGGCAGUAAACAGAAGACAUGAAACAAGACUGAAAGAGGAGAAUGAAUGGAUGGAAGAGAAGGAAAAGAAGGAGAAGAGGGGAAAUUGUAUAAAAACCCAAAACAGAGAGAUUUUGGACAAUGAAAGAAAUCCUUCACAAGAAGAGGACAACAUUGUUCAGACUUCCUUAAACACGGAAGUGUCUCGUAUCAGUCCUGCAGAGGCUCUCAACCUGAACUCAGACUCUGAGUGUAAAACUACUGGCCGAGAAGAUCCAGUAGCUGCAGGCUCUUCACUCCUACCGGAGCCCAUGGAGCAGAAGAGGCUGUCAUGGAUGAAGGGUGGCAUCCUCUGGUCCACACUUUACUUCCAGAACAGGAGGAAGCAGAAAGGAGCUGUCCGAGUUCAAAGAGGACCAAGGAGGACAGCUGAGUCCAGCAGCCUGCCGCCUCUGUGCCCAGAGACUGUGCUCAAGUCCAGCAGCUGCAAAUCCCUGCGACAGAUGACCACAGUGACUGUGGAAGAUGUACCUGGCUGCAACCUGUCCACUCUGAGUCAAUGUCCACAACUUCAGUCCCUCACCCUCAGACGUUGUGGCCUCAAAGCUCUGGAUGGUAUCAACCAGUUAUCAACCCUCUGCUACAUCGAUGUACAGGAAAAUGACAUCUCAUUUGUGGACUGUGAAAGUAUGACCAGCUUAAGAGUUCUUCGACUUGGCCACAACAAGCUGACAUCCAUCCACGGUCUCAGUGGAGCUGAAAACGUGGAUUUGCUUGACCUCUCGCACAACUGCAUCACUCGUAUCGCUGGUCUAGAGUCUAUGAAGAGGCUGCAGUGGUUGUCACUGAGCCACAAUCAGCUGAUUAGCACCAAAGGACUGAGGGACGUGCACACACUUCUGCACCUGGAUUGCUCAUACAACCACUUGGUAAAUGUGGAGGGUUUGGACCACAGUGCACUGCUCAGCAAGCUGGACCUAACAGCCAACAGCCUGACUGAGCCUCCCAGUCUGAACAACCACGUCCUCCUCAGACAGCUGAAUCUGGAUGACAACAGCAUCUCCUCUCUGCAGAACCUCACUGCCUGCUGGCUUCCCCUCUUGAAUGUCCUCUCUGCAGCCCAAAAUAGAAUCACCCAGCUGCCCUCCAUGACUGAUUUUCCAUCCAUAAGGAAUUUGGAUCUUCGACAUAAUUGCCUUUCAGAGUUGAACAAUAUCUGUGAAAGCCUGGAAGGAUGUCCAUUCCUGCAAGAAGUCCAUUUCACAGAUAAUCCUCUUCAGCACGAGAGUGACUGGAGGUCUGCUCUGCACAGAGCAGUGCCUUGUCUGCGAGUCAUUGAUGACCAGGAGACGGGGUCUGUUCUGUCGCCUCCUGCUGUCCAUCACACCAGCUUGCAUUCAGACAGCUUCCUGGCUUUCUGUCAGGCUCAGCUGCAGCAGACCCAUCAGCUGGAGCAACAGCACCACAGAGAGCUCAGAAAUGUUUCAUCUCCACUGGAUGCAAUAAAGCUGUCCUGCCAACACUUUGCUCAAGCUUUGCAGCUGGCUGAAGAACACAGAUUUGCUCAUGAAUAUGGGGACAAGACUAUAAUUAACAAACAUGGUGCUGCAGAUCAAACAACUCAGAGUGAACUCCUCAACAAGAAUGGUGCAUGUGCUGCAGUUUCAUCUGAGCCCUUUGAGGUGAUGUCUCAAAGAAACAGGAAGGUGCAUGACUCUCCGAUUCUAUGUGUUGACAACCUGAGCAGGAUGUUUGAGGAAAGAGGAGCAGCUCACAGGCAGCUCGACACUUUUGAGAACCACACAUUGAAGUCAACCAACUCUGUUGCUUUUAGCUUUCACAACCUGGCAACAAUGGAAAAAACAGCUUCAGCAUCAGUGUCCAACUGUCAGGAUGUGGACCUCAAAAACACAGCCGCAGUAGUGAUUCAGCAGUGGUGGAGGAAUCACAGACAGAAAUGUGUGAAGAUCAACAGUCCCUCUUUCUGUGAAAAGGGAGGAGGAAGAGGCGGUGAUGGAGUAAAUCCAGAACUAGGACCUUCCUAUACUGAAUACAGCAUUCUUGGGUGGGAUUAUGCAGCAACGGUCAUCCAGGCAUACUGGAGGGGCUUUGCUCUGAGGAAGAGGCUCAGAUCUGCUCUGGCCGCUGUUGUGUCCCCUGAUAUUGAUGAUGACGACACCUUUGAGGAGGCGAAUAUGGGCGAAUUUGACUUUGAUGAGGUGGUGCUGGAGAAAAGAUGGACAUUACCACCUUCUGAGGCAUCACAGCAGCCACCAUCUCUGGAGCCUCCUGAGGACUUUGCAGGACCCUCCCUGUACAUUUUCCCAUUGCUUGCAAGGAGAACAAAACAGGCCUGGGUUGUUGGGGAACAAUUAGAUUCUAAGGUUAUGCGGGAUCUCCAAGGUAGCACCAACAGAAGCCAGUCUCCGGCUGCAACAUCAGUGAGCAGCAGCCACUCUGAAAAAUCAGAAAAGUUAAUGAAAGAAUGGGGCUUCACUGACCCUCGCACAGCUCUCCUGUUACUCAAGAGGGCUCAGAAGAUGAAUCCAAAGAGGCCCCAGCAGAAGAGAUGUAGCGACCCGCAUGUCUGUCUGGCCUUGACGAGAAAGAGAACGAGCCAGCUCGGCCCUGUGGAAACACAAAAUAAGCCUGCGCAAUGUAGAAGAAAUAAUACAAAGGUUGGUGAAGCUGAGCCGGGCCUCGAUCUGACAGACAAGACCGCGCAUUUGAAGCAGGAAAGAAGUAACGAGUGGCUGCACACCCAGACUGCUCAGCGGCACAGGAUCUCAGACAGGGAACAUUUCAUACCAGAGAUCAACUCUGACAUUGUGAACAGAGGCAGAAUGCAGCCUGUGGCUGACCCGGGAUACACAGAAUGUCUACGUUUUCUGUCGAGUGCAGUUGGUGAAGCUGAGCCGGGCCUCGAUCUGACAGACAAGACCGCGCAUUUGAAGCAGGAAAGAAGUAACGAGUGGCUGCACACCCAGACUGCUCAGCGGCACAGGAUCUCAGACAGGGAACAUUUCCUACCAGAGAUCAACUCUGACAUUGUGAACAGAGGCAGAAUGCAGCCUGUGGCUGACCCGGGAUACACAGAAUGUCUACGUCAGACCGAGGGGUCUUGGGCCAACAGCAGUUUAAUUGCCCAGUCUUGGAAAUCAAAAGGUUGCACUCACAGAAUCUCCGUGAGGCGUCAAAGACAAGAUGUGCCAUCUCCAAAACAAGUAACAUCUGCUCCGUUAAAAAGGGAGCGCUUCUCCUUCAGAGACAACCCAGUGCAGCUCAGUGUUGGUUGGGGAAGUGGAAAGAAGAGGGCACAAGUACACAAGUAAAAUAUUUACAGCCCUUUGAGCAAGGAACCCAUUUUGUGACUUUAUAUUUUGUUUUUGCUUUUUUUAUAUAUCUAUGUCC